AUGGAUAUAGAGAACAACCGUCCGGUGCCCGAGACCGCAGAAAAACAGGGCCCGAAAAGGUGGUUUUCACAUGUAUUCAGACGUCUCUCGCUGCCUUCUUCACGAGCAACUUCAAAGCUCAAACUCAGGGAUGUCCUUGUGCCAUACCCGCUAGGGAACUUGGAGGUGGAUAGCAGCUACCAGGAGUUCAAGUCACAGGUGUCAAAGGAGUCGAAAUAUUCGCAGAUUGUGCGACUGGCCGAGCGACAGUCGCAAAUUGCUCCAAACCGCUCGUCUUCCGACGUUUCAGAGCAAGAACAUAGAGACCGGUCAACGUCGCUCAUCUCCUUCGGGUCGAGCGUCCACAUCGAAGAGGCCGUCCCGGUCACAGCCAUAUCACCAGGUUCAGAGCGGUCCGUCGCCACCUUUGCUCCAGCGUCUUCCCCGUCUCCGGAAAUGGGGGCUUCUCUUAACCCAAGAAGCGGCUCCCCAAUGCCACAAAAAAUUAUCCUUGUCAAUCUGCCCGAUAGCGAAGGAUCCCCAAAAAUCCCACAUAAGCAAAACGACCGGCCAAACCCUUUUUCACUUGAAAUUUCGUCCUCUUCUGUGUCGCCAGACAGAUUAUCAUUAAGAGACGACACAGGAGCGAUAGUCGACCUGUACCAGAACUACGCAUCUGAGAUGGGAGCCAACGCGUCAAGAGAGUCUGUUAACAGAGACCACAAAACAAAGACCAGGACAAAUACACCUACAAAAGAGAUCGGCUCUGCUACCGUUUUCACCACGCCCCAGUCACUCAACCGCGAUGUCUCGUCAAGCCGUUACCCCGUGAGCAGUUUUGCCACGCCGCGCCUGGACGACGACAGCGAAUGCUUCAUCGACUGGAGCGACUCCGAUGGGCCAGAACGACGCGACUCUAGAAAGCGGAUCGUCGAGACGUUCCGAAGUCUGUCAAUUUCUAAGCGGUCGAAAACUAGUCCGCGCUCAAUCCAGCCGAGCUCUAAACGGGCAUCCACAGUGGCUUCCUCCAUAUCGACUCCACGGCUUGCCUCGUCGACCACAGAGUUGCCCGAGAAGCUCUUUCUGCGGUCACCGUUCAGAAGCCACUCCGAGCAGCUACCGACGUCGCGCCAUCGACCGUUGAACGCUCCAGAAGAGCCGCAGCUUACUCCUCCCCGGCCCCCAAGCCUUCCACCGUCUUCAAGCGUGGACAUUGAUACAGCAAAGCCCUCUAGAGCCCAACCAAACCUCAAAUACUACUACAUGUAG